AUGUACACCGCGCCCAACCCGCCGCCCCCGCCGGCGGUGUCGUCGGCGGCGAAGGGGGUGGUGAAUGUGGGCGCAUACGAGUCGGUGUUUUCGAAGGACGAUGACUUCACGUCGACGCCGACGCUGACUUCAGCGACUUUUGACUACGACGGUAACACGCCCGAGCCUGGGGAUAUGCAGGAGCAGGGUGUACAAAUCCUUGCCGCGCGAACCAUAUCACAAAGGCCGAGUGACGCACAAAGGCGGGGCAGUGACUCGCAGGCGCAGGGAAACGUGUCACCUCCUGGCAACAACCAUUGGGGAGCUCAGAGUGGGUCGUAUGAUGUGGAUAUGGAGUCGCCGCAAUCAUCAGCACCAGCGGACCCGCCCAAGCUGAUGCGAAUUGUGACGCUACUCAUAGAGGACAUGCGAUACGAAAACGCCGACAGCCAGCUCGCUGAAGUACGCGUUCCGCUGAAGAUCGACCAUGACGGUGGUUUCUGGGCAGAUGCGAAAGACAUUUGUGACCAGCUGCAAGGUUCACCUUCGCGGAUCGACGGUCCUGCAAAGGUCUUUACGAUGCGAGGAAAGUACCGUCAAAUCUUUCUUCGCGUAUCCGACGACAAUGUGGACACGUCCACCUCGAUGAAUGUGGCUGUCAGCCUGGAACGGACGAUAGAGGUGUUCAUCGAGCCUGUGCGUGCACUCUCGCAAUUGUUCAAGCCAGUCAACUCAUGA